GUAAUGCGUACUAUUGCGGUCAUCGGCGCGUCGUACGGAGGCGUGAGCGCUGCGCGCACGCUAGCCAAGACUCUCGCAGACGAAGGCCUCCAGUCAGCGUACCGUGUUGUUCUGAUUGACCGCAACUCGCACGCGAACCAUCUUUACGUGCUACCGCGUCUCGGCGUCCUUCCCGGACAUGAACACAAGGCUUUCAUUCCAUUCGACAACGUCUUCAACACUCCGCCUAACUCAAACGUUUUUCUGCAUGCUCAUGUCACCUCUAUCUCGGAUCGUUCGCUUACCCUGUCGCGAGCCUUUCCCGAACACGGCGUUGCGGAAUCGGACAAGACGCUCCAUUUUGACUACCUCGUGUACGCUCUAGGGAGCCACCUUCCCGCGCCCAUAGAUCUUUGGGGCGAUGUACCAGGUGAUGCCGCGGCGGACAAGGAAGCGGAGGGAACUACGCGUGUCACGGUGAAAGGUCAUCGCGACCAUGGUAUUGACUGGCUUGGCCGUCUUCAAAAACGCGUUGAAACGGCCCGGAGCGUGCUCGUCGUAGGUGGAGGGGCGUUGGGUAUCCAGUUUGCAUCCGACAUUGCGUCCCACCAUCCGAUGAAGCCCGUUACGUUGUUGCACUCGCGCCGGAGGUUGGUGCCCAAGUUCGACUACGACUUGCAUUCCCAAGUUCUCUCUUCCCUCGAAUCGCUUGGCGUUCACAUUAUCCUCGGUGAACGCCUUGACUUGAGGGUUCUUGAAGAGCCCGCUCAAUUGGGCCAAGAUCACGAUAGGAUAGUCCGUACCGAGAGUGGUCGCGAACUCCGUGCUGAACUGAUUCUGCUGUGCACUGGGCAAACGCCGAACACUGGUUUGUUAGCUGAGUUCAUGCCCGAUGCGAUCGUCAAGGAGGGCGAGGCCAAGAAGUGCAUUCGCAUCGCCCGGUCUAUGCAGAUUGGUGUUUCGGCCCAAGGGAACAGUGUUACCGACGACUCCGACCUUCACGUCCACGGCUCGGAACACGCUCAUCACAGCCUCACGGAUGCGGACCCCACUCUUUCUUGCCUACCCGAUGCGGAUAGCACGUACGAGGAUGAAGAGGCAUACGAAGACCCGUUCGUCAACGAUCCCGAGCUACAUAUUCCCUAUGAGCAUUUGUUCGCGAUUGGGGACGCCGCGGACGCGUUUGGCGCCUUGAAGGCCGGCCAUUGCGCGUACUAUCAGGCCGAAGUGGCUGCUCGGAACAUCAUAAGGCUCAUCAGGCGGGAACGUCGAGGCGACUCUCAUGAUACGACCGCCGACUUUCCAGAAGAGGAGUUGGAGUCAUACCUUCCCGGCCCUCCAGCGAUCAAGUUGUCCCUCGGUCUUACCAAGCAGGCGUAUCAAAUUGCAGGCGUCGUGGGUACCAAGUCCGGCCCGGAGCUAAGAGAAGACCUGGAUGCACCGUUGAUGUGGGGAUAUUUUGGCGCGACGUAUACCGAGCCCGAUGUCGGUGUGGGCGUUUAGCCAUAUCUUGAAUUUGUCUAGAUUCGAUCGUGGAUCUAGUAGGAGUUGACCUAGCUACAAUAGAGUGUAUCUGCAGGUGGUAAAAGUUCUCCGCAGUGGUCAAAGAUGUCCGCGGGGAGCCCCGCCAAAAAUGCAGUGCAUGGUAGAAGUUCCACCCCACUUCGCCGUGCUGCAGAUACAGUCU